AAAAAUAUACGAGUUAGCAUGAAUGUCUUUUUUUUCGGCCACCGUCGCUCCAUCCAAAAUGGCGCUCCGCAAGGUCGCUGUCAGUGUUCUUGGGAAUUGUUUUGAUUUAACGGUCAACAACGCAAGGACUUUUAGCACAACAGUGUUCCUCUGUCGACGGAGUCCUCCCUUGGGUCCGAUGCCAAAUGAAGACAUUGAUGUUCAAAACAUUGACACAAUCGAGAAAUAUCGCAGCUUCAACCGUUACUUGAGACAGGUUGAAGAUGCGAAAAACAAGCUGGUCUGGUGGAAGACCUAUCAAGGUUAUUUGGAGAAGGAGGAUCCGGAACAUGGUGCAACACGGGUGAAUAUCGGACUACCUUGGUAUCGACACUCUAGAACCGAUGAACUGAGAGCAAGGAGGCAGGUGAUGAAGGGGAACAAGAAGAAUGUUGACUUGGAGAGGGAAUGUCGUUUGCGCACAUUCAAGAUAUCUGCGAAUCGCGUGCAGGAAAUAUGGGAGAAGAGCAGUGGCCCAUUUCAUAUAAAAAGACUGGCAGACCACUACGGGGUCUUCAGCGAUCUUUUCCCGAUGGCGUAUUUCCUGCCUCAAAUACCUCUUCGGAUCCGCUAUAACCAGGGAACCGGCAGUCAAGUGCAUUAUGGGAAUGCGCUGACACCAACAGAAGCAGCAUCUGCUCCUGUAGUCAGCUUUGAUGCUGAUGAGGGCUCGCUUUGGACCCUCCUCCUCACCUCACCAGAUGAACAUCUUCUCGAUAAUGAAGCUGAAUACCUGCACUGGCUUGUUGGGAAUAUACCAGGUGGAGCGGUCCAGGCUGGAGAACAACUAUGUCACUAUCUGGCUCCUUUUCCCGCAAGAGGAACGGGCUUCCACCGCUACAUUUACGUCCUUUUCCAGCAGGGGGGGCCCAUACGCUUCCAGGAAGAUUUAAGGCCGUCUCUAUGUCAUUCACUGGUAGACCGUACGUUCAAAACAGUGGAUUUCGACAGAAAACAUCAGGACAGCAUGACACCAGCCGGUCUGGCGUUCUUCCAGUGCCAGUGGGAUGAGUCUGUCACCAGCACCUUCCACAAUACACUCAAGAUGCGAGAGCCUGUGUUUGAAUUCAUCCGCCCUCCAGUUUACCACCCACCGCAAGUGAAAUACCCCAAAGGACAACCUCUACGCUACCUGGACAGAUACAGAGAUGGAAAGGAGCAAACCUAUGGCAUUUACUGAUGAGCAGUCGUUUCAAAUUGACAAAGAAGACAAGCAUACGUACAUGUUCAAUGCUGAGAAAUGUCUGGUAGUCACACCAUUUCUCUUUUUUUAUGUUUUGGGGUUGUGUUAAAAAAAUAAAAGGAGAUUUUCAUUAAAAAAGAAAGCUUUUAUCAUGGUUAAUGUAAUAUGCCUCUGCAUCUAUGUGCUACAACUAGUAAUGUUAGAUCAGUGUC